UAAGCCGUCUUUUGCACGUGUGGCCCUCGAAGAAAUACCUGCUAAACCCGCGUUAUCUUUCACAGAGACCACGAAGACUCAGCGAUGGCAGGCGUACGACGCGUGGCUCUCCGACCCUCCAUUGCUCAGCGAUAGCCCUAUCCGGAACCCUAAUUUCGAAUUUCAAUGACCUUUAAACCAAUCCCUUAUACCUACUUUUAAGAGCUCGUUAGUGGUUUUGUGGAUUUUGAGCUCGUCUGUUUCAUUUUCAAUGGCGUCCUAUUGAGGAACUGAAUCAUUGGAGUCCAGUUCGUGGCAUUUCCUUGGGAUUUUGAGGUAUUUGAGGGCUGAUUUAGCCAUGGAUCACUCGGUGGAAGCUCACAGGACUGAUCUUAUGACGAUCACGAGGUACGUGUUGAAUGAGCAGUCGAAGCAUCCGGAGUCGAGAGGGGAUUUCACCAUUUUACUCAGUCAUAUUGUCCUUGGAUGCAAAUUUGUGUGCAGCGCUGUUAAUAAGGCUGGCCUUGCAAAACUCUUAGGACUUGCUGGAGAGACUAACAUACAGGGUGAAGAGCAAAAGAAAUUGGAUGUGCUUUCAAAUGAGGUUUUUGUCAAGGCUCUAGUCAGUAGUGGCCGCACGUGUAUUCUUGUCUCUGAGGAGGAUGAGGAGGCCAUAUUUGUGGAGCCAUCAAAACGUGGAAGAUAUUGUGUUGUUUUUGAUCCACUCGAUGGUUCGUCUAACAUUGAUUGUGGUGUUUCUAUUGGAACUAUCUUUGGAAUCUAUACCGUGAAAGACCAAGAUGAACCAUCCCUGAACGAUGUCCUGCAACCUGGGAAGAAUAUGCUGGCAGCUGGUUAUUGCAUGUAUGGAAGCUCUUGCACGCUUGUGCUCAGCACAGGAAGUGGUGUGAAUGGAUUCACCCUUGAUCCAUCUCUUGGGGAGUUCAUACUGACUCACCCAGAUAUAAAGAUUCCAAAGAAAGGAAAUAUUUAUUCAGUGAAUGAAGGCAAUGCAAAGAAUUGGGAUGGUCCAACUACCAAGUAUGUGGAGAAAUGUAAGUUCCCUAAGGAUAGCUCAUCUCCAAAGUCUCUUAGAUACAUUGGAAGUAUGGUAGCUGAUGUGCACCGCACAAUGCUUUAUGGGGGUAUUUUCUUGUAUCCUGCAGAUAAAAAGAGUCCAAAUGGGAAGCUACGCGUCCUUUAUGAAGUCUUCCCAAUGUCUUUCUUGAUGGAGCAAGCAGGAGGACAAUCAUUCACUGGCAAGGAAAGGGCGCUCGACCUAGAUCCAACAAAGAUCCACCAGCGUUCUCCAAUAUUCCUAGGAAGCUAUGAUGAUGUUGAAGAAAUCAAGGCCCUCUAUGCAGAAGAGAAUGCUAAAGCUUGACUUGUAAAUUGAUUCUUAUGUCAGUUAUGUAUCUAUUCAUACUCGAUGAUCCUCGUUUCACUCAUUGUUGCAGUAAUUCAGAGCUUUCUAAAACGUCAUUCUUGAAUGUAACUGGAAUUUUCAUUAUAAGAAGUCCGGUUUGCAUUCUUGUA